UGUAACAUCACUUUCUUCAAAUAGAGGAAAUGAAAUAAUUAAAAUUGAACAAAUUGUGAUUUCCAAUUAUAAGAAUCAUCCAACACUUUUUAUUUUCUUUCGAUAUUGGUAUCAAUCUCCUUAACAAAAUGAAGCUAAAGAAAAGUUUUCUUUUGUUCUUUUUGUUAUUGGAGUGUUCUUGUUUCAUCAAUUUAGAAUCAAAGUGUUUAAAGGGUUGUGAUUUAGCUAUAGCUUCAUACUUUGUAUACCCUAAAGUUAUGCUUGGUAGCAUUGCAUCCUUUAUGCAUUCAAAUGUUGUGCCAAACUCUAAUGUUAUCAUUAGCUACAAUAAGGACAAAAUGCCCAAUAAUCUACCAGUAUCCUUCACCAGAAUCAAUAUUCCAUUCCCUUGUGAUUGCAUCAAUGGUGAGUUCUUGGGGCAUGUGUUUGAAUACUCAGCUAUUGAAGGUGACACCUAUGAUCUCAUUGCAAACAUGAGAUAUUCUGAUCUUACCACAGUUGAGAUUUUGCAAAGGUUCAACAACUAUGAUCCUAAUCAUGUACCUGUUAAUGCUAAGGUUAAUGUCACAGUCAAUUGUUCUUGUGGGAACAGCAAUGUUUCAAAGGAUUAUGGUUUGUUUGUUACAUUCCCUCUUAGUGAAGGUAAUACUUUGCUGCAAAUUGCAAAUCAGACUAAACUUGAUCCUAAGUUGCUUCAGGGUUAUAAUCCAGGUGUGAACUUCAACCAAACUAGAGGGAUAGUUUUCAUUCCAGGAAGAGAUCAAAAUGGAGUCUAUGUUCCCUUGUAUCCUAGAACAGGUCUAGCUAAGGGUGUUGCUGUUGGAAUAUCUAUAGCUGGAACAAGUGGGGUUCUGCUAUUAUUAAUUUGUGCUUGUGUUAGAUAUUUCCAGAAGAAGGAAGAAGAAAAAAUUAAAUUGCCAACAGAAGAUUUUAUAUCAAGUUCAACCCAAGUUGCAUCUAGCAGUGGUGAAUAUGAAACUUCAGGAUCCACAGCUGCUAGUGCUUCUGGCCUUCCGGCGAUUAUGGCGGCAAAAUCAAUGGAAUUCUCUUAUCAAGAACUAGCCAAGGCUACAAAUAACUUCAGCUCUGAUAACAAAAUUGGUCAGGGUGGAUUCGGAGCUGUCUAUUUUGCAGAAUUGAGAGGCCAAAAAGCAGCAAUUAAGAAGAUGGAUGUUCAAGCAUCAACAGAGUUUCUUUCAGAGUUGAAGGUCUUAACACAUGUUCAUCACUUGAAUCUGGUGCGUUUGAUUGGAUAUUGCGUCGAGGGAUCUCUUUUCCUUGUGUAUGAAUACAUUGAAAAUGGAAACUUAGGCCAAUAUUUGCAUGGUACAGAGAGAGAACCUUUGGCAUGGUCAACAAGGGUGCAAAUUGCUCUGGAUUCAGCAAGAGGACUUGAAUAUAUACAUGAACACACUGUUCCUGUUUAUAUCCACCGUGAUGUGAAACCUGCUAACAUAUUAAUAGAUAAAGACUUUCGUGGAAAGGUUGCAGAUUUUGGGCUAACUAAACUUAGGGAAGUUGGAAGCUCUUUAUCACUUCAUACUCGUCUUGUGGGAACAUUUGGAUACAUGCCUCCAGAAUAUGCACAAUAUGGAGAUGUUUCUCCAAAAGUAGAUGUAUAUGCUUUUGGAGUUGUACUUUAUGAAUUGAUUUCAGCCAAGAAUGCUGUUCUGAAGACAGGUGAAACCGUUGCUGAAUCAUCAAAGGGCCUUGUAACUUUGUUUGAGGAAGCACUUAAUAAGAGUGAUCCUUCAAAAGCCAUUCGAAAAUUGGUGGAUCCUAGGCUUGGUGAGAACUAUCCAAUUGACUCAGUUCUCAAGGUUGCGGAACUUGGGAGAGCAUGCACAAGAGAUAAUCCACUACUACGCCCUAGUAUGAGAUCUGUGGUUGUGGCUCUUAUGACACUACUCGCAUCAUCAACAUCCAUUGAGGAUUGUGAUGAUAAUGAUGAUGAUGAUGAUGAUGAUGAUGAUAAUUCCUAUGAAAAUCGAACUCUCAUAGAUCAAUUGUCAGUCAGAUGAAUCAUGAUUUGGUGUGUACAGUUAGAGUUGUAUGCGGACUCGGAGAAAACUAAGAAACCUUUUUCGUUUUUAUUUCUUAAUUAAUUAACUAUUUGCUUUAGAGUUUUGUACCUAAAUUAUAUUGCCUACUUUUGUUUACUAAUUUACGAAACAAAUACUUCGGUUGAUUAAUGCAAUAAUGCCACAUGCUUUAAAUAAAUCAUUAUUGUUAAUUUGU